UGUAGAGAAUUUAAUGUUGACUGUGUUGUUUCUUUUCCAGAGGAAGGGAACUACUUGGCCCUGGAUCUUGGGGGCACCAACUUCAGAGUGUUGCUGAUCAGGCUGAAUGGUUCCGAGGUGUCUAUGAGGAGUAAAAUCUUCUUGGUUCCAAACUUCAUCAUGACAGGAACAGCGGAAGAGCUCUUUGACCACAUAGCAGAGUGUAUCUCCAAGUUCAUGCAUGAGGAGGGUAUAGCUGACCAGAAGCUGCCCCUGGGGUUCACAUUUUCAUUCCCGUGUAAACAGGAGGGUCUGGCCAGGGCCCGUCUGUCACAGUGGACGAAGGGGUUCAAGGUCAGCGGAGUGGAGGGAGAGGACAUCGUGAGACUGCUACACGAGGCUAUUGAGAGGAGGGAUGUAAGUAAUGCUAGACUGGUUAAUUAAUUAAUUAAUUAAU